UGGGUCAUUGAGUGUGGGAGAGAUAAUUGGGACAAUCAAUGGAGAAUCAGAAAUUUGGGACAAGGACUUCAACAGCGAUGGAAUAUGAGGACUUGUUGCCGGUGAUGGCAGAGAAGCUGGACGUUGACGCCUUUGUGUCGGAGCUAUGUGGGGGGUUCCGGCUUCUGGCUGAUCAGGGAAGAGGGUUGAUAACGCCGGAGAGUCUGAGGAAGAAUUCGGCACUGUUGGGCAUGGAAGGAAUGAGCAAGGACGAAGCAGAGGAGAUGGUAAGAGAGGGUGAUCUUGAUGGAGAUGGAGCACUGAACCAAACUGAAUUCUGCAUCCUCAUGGUAAGGCUGAGCCCAGGGAUGAUGCAGGAUGCAGAGGCAUGGCUCCAGAAGGCACUUGAUCAAGAGCCAAGGAAAUCAUCCUCAGGUUGAUGUUUUUAUUUUGUUCUUAUUAAGUGAAAGAUCCUCUUUGUCUUGUGCUAUCCCAUGGCAAGACUAUUUUGUUAAUUAAAAAACCAGGCCCUAUUUCAAUAUAUUGGAUUUACCUGUUCAUUCUCGCAAAUAUCAACUUUCUUUAUCUGAAGUCAUGUAACAUGAAAUUAGCAGUGUAUCUCCUUAAUAAUUCGAGAAUGGACUU